UUCACAUGGUAGCUGCCGUGCAGUUUGUUCGGCUUUUUAUUUAUUCCUACGUGAGCAGACCCACUACACUUCUUGCAUAUAAACAGUGAAAAUUACAAUAUAAAGGGCUUAUUUUUCCUUCAUUUGGAGUUAUCUUGCUGCUGGUCAAAGGCUGGUUCGUUGUACAAGGAAGGGGACAGCAUCCUCUGCAGGUAAUUCCACUGCUUUGAGUGCUGGCCCCACAGAUGCAGUGACCGUGGUUUUCAAUUGAACACCUCCAAAAAAAAAAUUAAAAGACUGCAGAAGUGGCUCACUGCCCACAUGUGAACUUCAGCCAAGACUCCACAACAGAGCCCAGCCCUCUGAGUCUCCCAGAUGCCUCGACUCUGUCCUAGUCAGACCCUUCUGGGUUUUGUGAAGCUAUUUAAGAAGUUAAGCUUCCCUCGCUGAAACGCAGGGAAGCAACAUGGAAGAAAAUAAUGGCGUCGGUGGAGAAAUUUCUGAUUGACAUAAGUGGGGAAGUUCCCUUAAGAACAUCAUGUACCAUCUAAGCAACAAAGCUCCAGUUCAUCUCUUACUCUGUUUAUUUACGUGCUAUGGCAAGAAGAUGUGUUUAAGGUUCCCAUAGCCUUGCACUACAAUUCAAUGCUUUGGGAAAAGCAGCCAUAUGGUCCAGACAUAGCAGUUUCAUUUCAGAAUUCACACAUUCCAAGUGUGGCACUAUCCCCUAAAUGGUACUUUUGUUGUCUUUUUGUUCAAGACAGAGAGAUUCUUGUAGGAUCAGAACUGUUUCUUGGAAUCCACUGAUAGACAAGCCCAUCAGUUCUCUUGGUAGGUCAGAUGCUUCAUAAUUAGCUGAACUCAACUGAUUAUCUACUUGGUGAUUAUGACUACAGUGACAUAAUAUUUCAACUGCAGGGGAAGCAUUCCAGACAGCUCCUAAGUAGCAUAGUCAGGCUGGGGAUGGCUGGCAGGGCUUCCUGCAUUAGGAAGAGCAGACCACUACAUCCUUCUUGGUCAUUCUCCUUGUCUCCAUCAUUAGAAACUUCUCUAAAGACCUAAGGGAGAUGUGCUCAUGACAAGUGUGUUGUUCUCCCUCUCACUGAGGCUCGAUGGCCCAGCAAAGUAUGAAAGUGAGGCCUGUGCUCCUGAAGCGAAGCAGUCUUGAGUCUGUGGAGCUUGUGAAACAACCACACCACCGCAGGAGCAAAUCGCAGCAAGUGCGAUUCAAGGAAGAUGGGAACACUAAGAGUCCGACUGGCAUAGCUGAGGUUGAUACCCAAACUCCUGAAGACCCGGGUCUAAUGGGGAAGACGCAAGCAUCCCAGCACCAUCACCCUACCACCUACUCGCUGUCUUUCCCCAGGUCCCACAAGGCAGGAGGCUUUCGCAGCAUCUCUAUCCAGACCUCCCCCAGUCUCAGGAAGCAUUUCCCAGUUUUCAAAAGAAAGAAACUCACGACUAGCAAGUCCCUGGUAGAAAUGCCAACAGCAUCCCCAAGUGCCAUCCAAGUCAACGGCAACCUCUCUGAACAGGAUGUUGCGUCAUCUGACCUUGCCUUCCUGAGGCUGGCUCAGCAUCUUGAGGAUGGACCUCGAAGACUGAAAAUGCCCCACCCAUUUCUCCCUAGGAUGUCCAAGGUGCAAAGCAAUGGGCCUGUUAGCUUCUGCUUGGAAUCUGGAACCUGGAGGUCCUCAGAGAAAGCAACAGCUGCCAUUCAGGUUCCGGAUGACAUUUGUCAUAGUCCAACCUGGGAAGCUAGAGAGUCAGCUUUCAGCCAAGAAAGCUCAGCGAAAGAAAGCAACUCCAUACCCACUUUGGUUGCCAUGUGUCCGGGGGAUGGGCAAAGAGUGCUGACAUCAGAUCCGGAAAGAUUCCCCUCCUGUUUAAACGCCAACAGCAGUGCCAGCAACACCCCAGGCACAGGAAAACUCACACCUGAAUUGCUUUUGCCCAAAGAUAACCCUGACAACAAAGAUCUUGGCUCUCUGGCAUCUCAGUCAAAGAAGACGUGUGUUCCCUCACCAUCACGGACUCACAGCUCCUCUGAGCUGGGCUCCCACAGCCAGCCAGCCCAUGUGGGAAGAGCCUCUGAUUGCCCAGCCUCCAGUGGCAAUCACCAGGACCCAGAACCACUCAAAAGUAGUAAUGCAUCCAAGUCUGUUCCUGUGUGUUGGCAGCAUGUGGCAAAGCUCCCCAGCCAGUCAGACACCCCAGAGCUUCAGACUGGCCUGGGAAGUGAGCACCCCCCUUCCUCACUUCCAAGGCAUGAGUACAAGCCUCAGAGCAGCAGGGAGCUCAGUGGGAGUAAUCAUAGUCACCUGGCACAGGGCGAACUCUGUGACCUCCAAGGCCGGCUGCAAUCAGUGGAGGAAUCGCUGCAUUCAAACCAAGAGAAAAUUAAAGUCCUAUUGAAUGUGAUUCAAGAUCUGGAGAAAGCUCGCGCUCUCACUGAAGGGCGGAACUUUUAUCGAACAGGCCAAGAUCUCAACAACUGCAGCACCUGUCAGAACACGGCGUGCAUCAUAUACAGUGUGGAGUAUGACUUCCGGCAACAGGAAGGCAGGUUCCAUGAGGUCCUCCAGAACCUGGAGGAGGCAGAACCAGCGGAGGAAGCACCUUCCCCACCCAAGUCUCCAGCAGAAGCCCCAGUCCCUGAGAAACAGGAUUUACGGAGGAAAAGCAAGAAGGUGAAGAAGAAAUGCUUCUGGUGGAUAUGAGAGGAUUGGGGGGGUCCCACAUUCCUUCCUGAGAUGGGGGAUGCCCUGCCCUCAAGGCCUCCCUUCUCCUCUCCAGAAGCCCAGGCUGAGAUCCCUUGACUUGUGACAUGGGAGUGCCUCAGAGCUGGUACACUGUUGGACACCUGGUCACCAACCUUACCUGAGUAUGUGCCACUGCUCGCUGAGGAUUUUGUGGACACUUGUGUGGCCGCUUGUUGAGCUGCCUGCCACACAGAGCAAGGCCUCAUCUUUGUCUGCUAAGUUCAGAUUCCCACCGUAAGCAAAUCUCCUCUGCGCUCCCAACACUUCCACAACAGCAAGCAUUUGCUUCCCACCCCAAGUUCAUCAACCCCAAAGAAACGGAAGUAAGUGUGUGCCAUGCACUGCAGAAAGACAAGGGUUAUAAGCAGGCCUCCUAGAAAAUAUCCCACAAUAAACUAGCAGGGUUCUAGGAUUUAUCACACAAAAGCACAAGAGAAGUGAGCAGGUCCUAACAAUGCCUGGUUGCCCUGAUGUAUUAAGUUGUCCUGCUAGAGCUCAAAUCAAGGAGCUGUCUUCUUGUAAAGUUUGGGCUGUGCAGGGUGGGGCAAAGUAAGGUUGCACACGAGUAUUAGGCACCUGUUGUGUGAUUGUUCUAUGCGACUGGAACUCAAGGGACUUUCACAGCUGUAGUCUUUCUGGGGCCACUUCACUAUCAUAUGUCUCUGUAAGGCAAGAGGGAUGUAAAUGAGAGGGUCUUUAACUUUAGUAUCUCACCAUUCAUUUACCUGUAACAUGAAAGGUCCCAAGACUCGGCCACCCGUAUGUCAGUAUAUAUUAUCAAGCAACAUUAAUAAGACUGAGCUAGGUACAGCACUUUUUCUCAUCCAUGCCUCCUUGUGGCAACCAUGUAGAUAGGCCCAAACAUACUACUCUACAGUUUCCCUUCCUGGUAGCCAGGCUGUAGUCACCUGAUCGAGGAUGAAUUGCGACUGAGAAUACAGAUUAAAGUCCCUUCCUCCACCAAGUUUGAAUUCUGUAAGAUCUGGCUCAGUCUAUUGACAAGACCUCUGCCCAUGGAUGUCCAGUAAAGCUUGCAUGCCGAGCAAACUCCUAAAGCAAUGUAAUUAAGUAAUUGCUACAUACUUGGGCUGAGUAGGAGGCAAGGCUUGGAUUCCUUUGCAUUAAAUCCAGUAUCCUGCCAGCCUAUGAUUGGACUGACACUGCCAGAAAGAUGAGCCACACCUAAAUGAAGAAAGCAUUGUAUAAACGCGCCCCCCUUGCCAAAGACCUGGUGUCUGAGUGAGUCUCUACCAUGCACGUGGGAUGUGCGUACCCCACUGCAAAUUGAGACUAAUUGAGCAAACCGCCCCAACAAUUUCACUUCCCCUGUCACAGUGCUGGAGUGAAAAAGCUAUUUCAGGGAGAGUGAGGGAAAUUUGGCAAGGAAUCUUGGCUUGUACUAUUUAAGACUUAGGAUGUCAUUCGAGAUGUUCUUUCUCUGUUUCUAGUGUAAUGUUUAAACCCACAAAGUGAGACCAGAAUAUAUAACGUCAAGUUAGAAUUAAGAUGAAUACACUUGUCAUGCUCAAGAAACCACAUUUCAAUUAGAUAUGUUACCACUGGCCAAAAGCCACAGAUCUUUCUUUCUGUAUCCACACACUCAACUCUCAGUUGGUCCCAGCAAUUGGGGGGGGCACAGUACAGAGGAUAAUCCAAUAAAGCAAAAUCAUUUGGGAUCUCUUAUGUAAUUUUAUCUUGUAGUGGUGCUUCCAUCUUAAUUUGUUUUGCUUACAUUAAUUUCAAAUGAGUUUAUAUUCUGCAGCACCAGGCUAGAAUGAAAAUAUUCUUGCACUUAGAUUUAGAGAUCCAGGCAAUAGAAUAGCCUAUGCCACUAACCUGGAGAAAGUGGUGUGAUUGUGUCCUUUCUUGACAGGGGAGAAGAAUGGCUACCCCUCCCGUUUCCUAAGUUCUGUGUAUCUUCUGACAGCCAGGGAGCACAAACUGAGAGCUAGCUGUAGCCUUUUUUCCUGGUUAGCCUGGAAAGAUGAGAUGACUGGAGUAGCUCAUGUUUUUACACACACAUGUGAGAUAGGGAUCUUGCAUCAACUCUGAACUUAAUGAGAUGAAAUUAGGAUUGGAAAAUGUUGACAUCUCCAGAAAUAAAACCAACAAAGAGUAUGUGAUGAUUCUAAACCAAAGCACAACACCACAUUGCAUUGCUUAGGCCACUAACCUGCACCUGGAGAGGAGGAGGUUCCUUCUGAUAAUUGAAUCCUCAAAAAUGAGUAUGUGGGAAAAGGAUUUGACAAAUAUCAGCCUGCUGAACAGAAAGGCUCAUCUGCAUUAAAUAAAAAACAUACACAUAUAUACCAAAACUCUAUGCUCUGCUACUUGUGUUGAGUACCACUGCUUCUUUGUAAAAUAGUGUGUAAUAUGAUAAUCUACAGAAAUGUUAUACUGAGAUUAUAUGGUUUUAUGGAAAGAGAUUAAUUUAGCAAAAAUUACUUUUAUGAAAUGAAAGGGAUUGAUUCAUUUGUUUAAAUUGCAGGGGUUUAAUGUAGCUGUUCCCUCUAUAGUUAUAACACUAUCCCUGGAACUUAACGCCAGCUCAUCUAUAGAGCGCCUUCUUGAAGACAAUGUAUCACUGUAAGGUUUUGUAAAUUUCUAAACUGUUUUAAAUGGGAUAUUAUCUUUUGCAAUAAACUUAAGUAUUUUUCCUA